UUCAUAUAAACACAAUCAGCUGUUCUUAUUUUGUAAUAUCAAUCUGAGAAUGCGGUUAUCUAUCGUCCUGAGAUAAAUAGGCGUUUUCCAGAUCUGCAUUGAAUGCUGGCAUCAUAAAAUGAAAAUAGCGAGAGCUUGCCACGACGCGUGGCGAUUAAGUGGGCGUCGAAGCUUUUUCAGUAGAUUUUUCGGUCCGAAAACAUAUGACUUAGGAACUUGCAACCUCGUCGAACCGGGAACAGUAUCGCCGGAGCGGUCAGUUCCUGGACAUAUUACCAAACCGGAUUACUAUUUCGUACGGAAUUCACCCAGCUCUGGCGAGGGUAGCCCGGAAAUCAAAACUGAUGUGCAAAUUUUGGGAAUGCGUGAAAGCUGCCGAUUGGCAGCGAAUAUCCUGAAGAAAGCCUGUGCUUUUACAAAAGUAGGAGUCUCAACAGACGAAAUAGAUGCGUUCGUUCACAAUGAAGUGAUUGAGGCAAACGCUUAUCCUUCUCCGCUGCGUUAUCUGGGGUUCCCAAAAUCGAUAUGCACUUCGGUUAAUAAUGUCGCCUGCCAUGGCAUCCCGGAUGAUCGCCAACUAAUGGAUGGGGAUAUCAUCAACAUAGAUAUAACAGUGUUCUACAAUGGAUAUCACGGCGAUUGCUCGAGAACGGUACUUGUUGGGAACGUCGAUGAUAGGGGACGAUAUCUGGUCAAAUCCACUGAGGAGACACUGAACGAAUCAAUUUUAUGCUGCGGGCCUGGUCAACCUUUUUGUUUUAUCGGGAAGUCAAUCGCGAAGUUUACUAGGAAGAAAAAAUUGAACGUGAUGCCCGGAUUUUUGGGACACGGAAUUGGUAGCUAUUUUCAUGGUCCGCCCGAUGUAUAUCAUUUCGAUAACGAUUUUCCUGGAGUGAUGCGGCCAGGGAUGACGUUCACAAUAGAGCCAAUUCUUACGUUGGGUGAUGUAGAAGCUGUACUUCUGGAAGAUGAUUGGACGGCUGUGUCGGUGGACAAUGCCCGAAGUGCCCAAUUCGAGCAUACGAUACUCAUAACAGAUGAUGGUUGUGAUGUGCUUACAAUACCCGAUCCCUAAACCUUGGAUGGACAAAUGUCGAAAGAAGAAACGUAGAAAUAUAUAAAGUUGAUUCGGUAAUAAAAUA